AUGAAAAAUACAAUAAAUGCUGCUCUGAACCUGCAGGGAGUAAAUGGCUGGCACGACCUGGACAACACAGAGUACGACUGCUGGCCGAUCAACAGUCCAAAUGAUUACAACAUGAUUAACUGUGGUGGUCUGGAGAUGGCCUGGGUGCAGCGUCCACCGGAGAAGGUAACCAAUGGGGAGGAGUUCAACGUCUCAUACACAGUGACGGCCUCAGAUUCCUUCUACCAAUACGCAGUCAGGAACAAGAUCUUCCAGUUUAGUGAUGCGUCAGAGGCAAAGAGGUUCUGUCAUGAACACGACUGCCCGGCAAACUGGAACAACGCCAACGAAAUGAACUGCUGCGUGUAUCACGCCAACAUCCACUCCUGCCCUCUGGGCCUCAUGAAACAAGGUGGAAUCUGUGGCCCGUGGAUCCCUGACGAUGGCAAAAUAGUGACUCACACUGUAUCCCAAGCAGGAAAGAUGUCCCAGAAAUACUGGACUUCAAAAGUGGUGCUGAUCCAUGUGGGAGUCACCUCAGUCAUUGCUCAUAUAAAAAUAGGACAGAUGCACGCAGCGCUGGAGUCCAAAGUGCUUGUAGUCAGUGCCCAAGUUUGUGGGGAUGACGUCUGCGAGCUGGAGGAAACCUGUCUGAACUGUCCUGCAGACUGCGGCAUCUGCCCCAUGUCCAUCGCAAUCAAAAUAGCCAUCGGGCUCCCGGUCGCCCUCUUCAGCAGCGGCUUCAUCCUGACCAUGGUGUGGCUUCAGUACCAGAAACAAAAGAUGUUUUGGGAUGAAAGCUGGAUCAUCAACUACAAAAACAUCAUAUUCGGUAGAGUGUGCUGGAUAGGCAACGGCAGCACCACCAGCCUGCAGCACGUCAAGAGUUACUCCACCAUCAGUCAAACUACUGACGUGACCGUGUGCACCGGAGUCAGUAACUCCUUCAAACAAGGCAUCAUCCAGCUAGGCAUAUACGAUGGGAGGACGGUGGCGGUGAAAAACCUCCAGAAGAAACACUUCACCCUGUCGAAAACCAUCAGGAGGGAGGUGAAAGAGGUCAGACAACUGGACCACCCCAAUCUGUGCAAGUUCAUCGGUGGUUCCAUCGAGGUUCCUUAUGUGUGCAUCAUCACGGAGCACUGCCCCAAAGGAAGCAUGUCUGACGUCCUGCUGAAUGACGACAUCCCCAUCAACUGGGGCUUCAGGCUGUCGUUUGCCACCGAUAUCGCCCGCGGGAUGUCUUACCUCCACCAGCACAAGGUGUUUCACGGGAGACUUCACUCCAGAAACUGCAUCAUUGAUGAUCGCUGGGUGUGCAAAAUCUCAGAUUAUGGGCUCACAGCAUACAGAAAGGAGGACUUUGAGGCCGGCUUCAACUGUGGGGAUAUAAACCGUAUCUACUGCGCUCCAGAGGUCCUGCUGGGCAGCAGCUCCAGUAUAACACCAGCAGCAGACAUCUAUAGCUACUCCAUGAUUCUGGUGGAGAUUGCGACUCGCUCUGACCUCAUUUCAGAGCAGACUGAGGGCAUUAAGAUGGAUAUCAUGUGGCGCCCCCCUCUGCCUGAACUCAAAUCAGGAAAGGCAGAUACUGACUGUCCCAGUCAAGGAAAUUACUGUGAGCUUAUAAAGAGGUGCUGGUCUCAAAACAUCACCCUGAGGCCCACAUUCGAGCAUGUGAGGAAGAUGCUGGACAAGAUGAACCCACACAAAGUCAGCCCAGUGGACAUGAUGAUGAACCUGAUGGAGAAGUACAGCAAACAUCUGGAGGCCAUAGUGGCAGAGAGGACACAGGACCUUCUUCAAGAGAAGCAGAGGACGGAUCAAUUGUUAUACAGUAUGUUACCAAAACCGGUUGCUGAUGACCUCCGUCAAGGUCGGACAGCAGAGGCUCAGACCUUCUCCAACGCCACUGUCUACUUCAGCGACAUUGUUGGAUUCACCCAGCUGUCUGGUUCCAGCACUCCCUACCAGGUCGUGGACUUCCUCAACCAGCUCUACACCACCUUCGACGACAUUAUUGACAAUUACGAUGUUUACAAAGUGGAGACAAUAGGCGAUGCUUACAUGGUGGUGUCUGGGGUCCCCCAAGAAAAUGGCAUCAAUCAUGCUGGGGAGAUUGCCAGCAUGGCCUUGGAUCUUGUCAGCGUCUGCCACAACUUCAAGAUUCCCCACAAGCCCAACACGCAGCUAAAGAUCCGUGCCGGCAUCCACUCAGGACCUGUGGUGGCCGGAGUGGUCGGCACCAAAAUGCCACGCUACUGCCUCUUCGGGGACACUGUCAACACGGCAUCACGCAUGGAAUCAACUAGUGAAGCUCUGAAGAUCCAGGUGAGUGGUGCCACAGCUGACCUGCUUCACACGCUCAAAGGUUACGUUCUCACCUGCAGAGGAACACUUGACGUGAAGGGCAAGGGGGAGAUGACAACAUGGUGGCUCGAAUCAAAGAGAAACGACUACUCAGACCCGCUGCGCAGAACAUCUGAGUCCAGAGGCAUCCCAGUACCAGUUAGUGACUAAAGCUCUGGAGUCUAAAAUGUGGUAAUAGGAAAAGUGGUAAGGUGUAGAUAUAAUGAGAUGUAAGAUUAAGAAUAAUCAUAAUGUAGAUGUCACACUGCACUGUAAAUACACCACAUGUUGAUAGUGUUAAAGUGUGCCUCAUUGUGUUUCCCUAUUAUAUAUAUAGCUUCAUUAGCAUGGUUGCUGUCUGACGCACUUUUCUGUUUUCUGAUGAAUUACUGUUAAAGGAUUUUAUUAUUCACUGCCUGAAACUAAAGACAUUUCUCCUACAGUAAGUUUAAAAAUGUCAUGUUUCAUUACUGAAAAAUCUACAUUUUUACUAACAACUGGAAUCUAACAAUACACCCAGGUGCAAUUAACAAACUUAAUAAUGGCAUGUAAUGUCAGUGUUGCCUCCUGGAAAUGUAAAAGAAAAUGUUAAAGUUGUUAGUUGAACCUGUGCGUGUGUCUGCUCUGUAACGGUUGAUUUUCCUUCAAAUGGAUUUACAAAUAAUUUGAAACCAAAAUCUUCUUCUUCUUCAAAUUCUGUUUUGAAUUAUCAAAAUGUUACAUGCAGAUUAGAUUUGACACAUAACACUUACUCAUACAUUUUGUAGAAUGAGAACAUACAGUUUUCUGUAGUUUUAUGUGUUAAGUAUUUCUUAUACCUUGCAGUGCUGUUUACGUGUUGUUGUGUUGUUCUAUAUUAGUGAUUAUAUCAUUUAAAUUAAAGUUAUUUCCAAGUAAUAAUUUGGCUCAUUCUUCUGGAGUAACUAUAUAUUUACAUGUACAGAAUAGUAGAGAGAUAUUGUGCAGUCACCUCAUUAUGUCACGGUGUGGUAUUUUGGUGUUGUUCAUCCUGACACAUGUAACUGACUAAAGAUUGAAGAAUAAUAUUUAAAAUGUCGGUUCUGCAUCUACAUUUGUGAAGGUUUGCAAGCUGGAAAGCCUUUCCCCCACCUAUUAUAUAACUAGCCACUCAUGUGUUUCAUCACCCUUCAUACUUCACAGAUCAAUGUUUUGUGUGAAUCUACAAAUUUCAGAUUGACUCACAGAAACAUCAUAUCAAAAAUAAAUACAGUGAA